CUUGUUUGUUUGUAUUUCUUCAGCUCGCAUUGGUCGCUUCAAGCUGACGGAAGCUCAGGUUCAGGAUAUGUUGAAGAAUACCCCAAGCCGGAAGAAGUCGACUAAGAAUCUCUUCCGCUCAAUCAUGGACAAAGGGAUUGUGUCCUAUACAGAAUACCUGUUUCUUCUCUGUAUCCUAACAAAGCCAAGAGCUGGGUAUGAGAUUGCAUUCAAGAUGUUUGACAGGGAUGGAAACCAGCGCAUCGAUCGCAAAGAAUUUCUUCUGAUGGAAGAGAUCUUUCGUAAGAAGUCUCAGUCCAGCGGGGAGUCGGAUUCCGUGAGUUGGCUAAGCCACUACGCCACCGAUCCUGAUUCUCCUGCAAGCAGUGAUUUGAAACCGGGUGAAGUGCCAUUGACCGAUUACAUGAAAUCGCCUGUUUGGGACCAACUGAAGAUUAAUGAGACAACUCUUCUGAGGUAUUUCUUUGGUCCAAGAGGAACAGACACACUGGACUACAAGACAUUUGCAAUGUUUAUGGACAAUCUCCAGACUGAGGUGCUUGAGCUGGAAUUCUAUGAGUUCUCCAGAGGGAUGCCCAGUAUUGGCGAGGCAGAGUUUGCUAACAUCCUCCUACGCUACACACAUCUAGAGGAUGCAGAAAUGGAAGAAUAUGUGCAGAGGGUCCGAGAUCGCAUGCCAGAAGAAAAGUUUGGUGAAAGAGGUAUCUCUUUUGAAAGCUUCACAGAAUUCUUUCAGUUUAUCAAUCAUCUUGAUGAUUUUGAGAUUGUCCUGAGGAUGUACACGUUUGCAGACCAACCCAUCACACAAGCUGAGUUCUGCAGAGCUGUGAACGUCACCACUGGUCAAAAUCUCGAUGGGCACAUAGUACAUACAGUUUUUCAGAUAUUUGAUAAAGACGGCGAUGGGAAACUUAGCCAGAAGGAAUUCCUCGGAGUGAUGAAAAAUAGAAUACAUAGAGGAUUUAGAGAACAUCUGAAGAAGCCGGCUGGCUGGGAAGGGUUCAAGGCUUGUGUGAGGAAAGAACUCAAGCACAACAGCUAAGAGUCAACACUGGCUCCAAGAUGCAACCCUGUAGAUCUGCAGCUUUAGAAUUUCUUUUAGAUAUAAAUUAUUCAUAUGUUUGUGAUCUUGUAGUUCCGCUACAGUCAUAUAAACGUGGGAGAUGGAACAUUGACAGCUAUAAAGGGCCAUCAAGAAGUACAACAUACAAGUAUUUACCAUUUAGAUUACUAAAAGAGAUGAUAAAUACUUUGCAAAUGAGAAAAAUUCACUCUCUGUACAUCUCCAAAUUAAAGGUCAACAAGGGAUAAAGUUUUCCCCAUUUUAGUAUUUUGUAAUGUUGACUUGAUAGGCUUGUCCUAUGCAUGUAUACUGUUGAGUAUUUAAGUCUGUAAUAACCAUUGGUUUUUGAUAGGGACUUUCCAAGUUUUAAUAGCUAGGCAAUGAAUGGGUUAAUAAGUGAAGUCAUUGUGGAUAGACAUACAUAAUAUAAUUGACAAAUAAAUAAAUUUCAAAAUGACACUUAGAAAUUGAAGGCGUACAUCAUAAGAUCAAAUUAGAAUCUUAUGUGGAGUAUAAUAAUAAUAAUAAUAUUAGCCAAUUUUUAUAAAGUGCUUUUCCCAGAAUGGCCCAAAGCACAUUACAGCAUAAACAGUUAUAAACCUUAUCUUUUGUUAUUACUUUAUUAUUUAUUUGGAUAUACUAUUUUCUGCAUGGAGGUAUUGAAAUAUUGAUUAUAUGUUUGUUUGUUUUUUGAUAAAGUUAAACUAAAGUCGGGAGCCCUGUAACAACAUGUAAAAAUUAAAUCUACAUACCUGAUCGCACAUUAUUAUCAGUUAGAAACUUGAAAAUCAGCUUCAUGAUCAAGCAUUCAGUUUUGUGUGAUGAGGCCAAGAAUAAUUUAUUUACCAGUUUCCUCAUAAACCCAUGAAUUAUAGUAUAGUUGUUUAUUCUUGGGUUGACUCUACAAAAGGAAUUGCAUCUACCUAUAUACUUGAUUUAGCUUCCAUUAUCGAUACUUCUCAAUAUCAUCACACAAUGUCAAAA